GCAGAUGAGCCACAGGAAACGGAGCUCAGGCAGAAGGCUUUUGGGAGGACGAUGUUCCCUGUAAUUCCAAUUUGUGUGGGGCUCUUAGUCUUUUUCUUCCUCCGGCAUCUCCUGAAUAUACAACAGGCCCGACAGAAACUUCCUGCCGGACCGGUGCCACUUCCUAUCAUUGGAAACUUGGGAAUGGUCGGUUUUCAACUCCACCACGAAACUUUGCUAAAGAUGGCCACGACGUAUGGGGACAUCUACACCCUCUGGCUAGGACACACCCCUGUGAUUGUGCUGAAUGGGUUCAAGGCCGUGAAAGAGGUCCUGAUCGACCACUCUGAAGACUUUGCAGACCGGCUUAUCCCACAGUUCCUGAAUGAUAUAGUGGAAAAUGCACAUGGUAUCCUUUUUUCCAAUGGCUAUGAAUGGAAGCAGCAGAGGCGGUUCAGUCUGAUGCUGCUUCGGAACUUGGGCCUGGGCAAGAGCAUUCUGGAGGACCGUAUUCGGCAAGAGGCCGGCAGUCUGGUCCAGGCCUUCAUGCAAGAGAAAGGAAAGCCUGUUGAUCCCUACAGUCCCAUUCUGCUAUCUGUUAACAAUGUGAUUUCUGCAAUGCUUUUGGGGCAUUGUUUUUCUGAGGAUGACGACGCUUUCCACCGUCUGAUCAAGGGCUCCAAGGCCACAGAAGCCUUUACUGGCAGCCUUUGGCCACGAGUCUAUGAAGCCUUUCCUAGGCUGAUGAAAUUCCUGCAACCUGUUAUGAACAAAUCGCUGGAGCCAUUCAUUCACAUGCACGACAUAAGAAGCCUUGUGAAGGAGGAAAUCGAGUGCCAUAAAAGGAGCGGGUCGCCCGAAGCGCCUCGGGACUUCAUUGAUUCCUACCUUGCUGAGCUGAAGAAACAAAGCACUAAGGAAAUGAGCAAAGAGGGUCCCAUCUCAGGAUUUACAGAAGCCAACAUGGUCGAAGUGAUCGCAGAGCUUUUUAUCGCAGGCUCAGACACGUCCACCGUUGCCUUGUGCUGGGCACUCCUCUACAUGGUGGUGUAUCCGGAGAUACAAGAGCGAGUGCAAGAGGAGCUGGACACCGUCCUGGGCUCAUCCCAUAUCAUCCGCUACGAGGACCGGAAAAUCCUGCCAUUCACCAGUGCGGUGCUCCACGAAACCCAGAGAUACAGCGGCUUGAACUCACUGGGAGUUAUACAUAAGUGCUCCCGGAAUACGACUUUACAAGGCUUGCCUAUUACCAAGGGCACCAUCGUUUUCCCAAACCUCUUCUCUGUCCAUUAUGACCCUGAGGAGUGGGAGACGCCACGCAAGUUCAACCCAGGGCACUUCCUCGACAAGGAUGGUAAUUUCAUCAACAAACAAGCCUUUUUGCCCUUCUCAGCAGGAGUCCGGGUAUGUUUAGGGGAGAAGUUGGCCAGAACCACCCUCUUCAUCCUCUUCGCCAGCCUCCUGCGUGCAUUCAGGUUCCAGAUGCCAGAAGGGGUGAAGGAAAUCAGUUGUGAGCCCAUUCUGGGGUUCGUUCUGCAACCCCACCCGUUCAAGAUCUGUGCUAUUCCUCGCUAGAACACAUUACGCCCAGCAGCUUCAGAAUCUGGAAUGAAUGUCCCUCCCAGGCAGGGCCAUCUCUUC